AUGCUUUGUUCUCUCAAGGCAUGCUCAGGCAUAAAUAGCUACUGGUCGCUGGGCUUGUUAGCAUUUGCCUUCUUGCUAACACAAGUCGAAUGUACUCAGGAUGUUUCCAGCAGUUCUUGGAGGUCGACAGCAUACGAAUGGGGUCUUCUAGGGCGAUAUCCUCAGCAGUCUUUCAAAUCAUCGCCUUUGCAGCCCCCACAGAUGAACACUGUCCGGUGGGAUGAACAAUGUGCUCAAGGAUAUACUUUACUAAGUCUUCGCGGAACUAUGGUGUCUAGCCCUGCUGGAAUCAUGCUGGAUAGCGACGGAGAUCUGAUAUGGAUGGACGAGACUUUUGGUCCAUAUGUGAUGAACUUGAAAGUGCAGGAGUACAAAGGCGAGCAAUACAUCACGUUCUGGUCCGGAGACAUUGGUCCUGGUUUUGGGCUGGGGACAUAUUAUAUGCUCGAUUCCCAUUAUCAGGUUUUCAAGCAGUUCUCUGCGUCAAACACACUGGAGAAUGACUUUCAUGAGUACACCAUCACACCCGACGAUACCGCUUUACUCACGAGUUACGACAUAAUCUCUACAGACCUCUCGUCUCUAGGAGUCCCGGGCCGAGGCUGGUUAUACGAUAGUCUGUUUCGCGAGAUCGACAUCGAGACAGGCGAAGUCAUGUUCGAAUGGCGUGCAUCGAAUCAUUUCGCUGUCAAUGACACUUUCUAUCCAAUAGGCUCUACAGGUCAAAGCCCCGAGGCACCAUUUGAUUUCUUCCACAUCAACAGUGUUGAUAAAGAUAGUGAUGGUAACUACAUCAUCUCAUCUCGCUUCAUGCACAGCAUUGUCUGCAUCUCGGCCAACACAGGAGACAUCUUGUGGACCUUGGGUGGCCACAACAACGACUUUGCAGAUCUGUCAGAAGGGCGUGCGACGGAUUUUGCCUGGCAACACCAUGUUUCUGUGCAAGCGGACAACCAACUCAGUAUUUUCGAUAAUGCCAACUACAAGAAAUGGCACGAGCAAUUUCUAGGAGGCGGCAGCGAGAUAAGCCGUGGAAUGCUGGUACACCUGGACACAGAAGAUAUGACCGUUGAACUCGUUCAGGAGUUCAUGAAUCCUGGAUCCCGCGGCACACCUCAACAAGGAUCUAUGCAGGUCCUGGAUUCUGGCAACGUAUUGCUGGGAUGGGGCUACCAUGCAGGAUAUACUGAGUAUACUCCUGAUGGCCAAGUACUCUGCGACACGCACAUCAACCCAGCCAUGCUAUUCCCAUUCGGCUUCGUACACGCCUAUCGCGCAUUCAGAGCGAGCACCUGGUCUGGACGCCCCAACACGCAACCAGAUGUAUAUUUCGACCCCGCAGACGGACACGCAUUCGUGAGUUGGAUGGGCGCAACCGAAGUGAGCGACUGGAUACUACAGACGGCCAGGACUUCGACCUCUAGCGAUGAGUUGACAUUCGUCGAUGCAGUCAAAGUGAGCAAGGAUGGAUUCGAGACGGAGAUUGACGUACCCAGUGCCGAGUAUCAAUACUUGCGUGUUGUUGCGGUCGAUCAAGCUGGCACUGUACUGGCCAGCUCCAAGAUCAUCACCGUGAGCAAAGGCACUGUCUCAAACCAGGGAAACUGGAAGUUUACCACGGCCACCAUAAUGCUUUGGAUGAUGUGUUUUGUGGCAGGCGUGUCAUACCAGAAGAGACUGAGGUCGUUAGUACGGAAGGCACAGCAGAAUGUAGAAUUCCACUCUUGGUUGCAGCUAUGGCGCAAAAGCAGAAGGUCCAGCACCGCUAAGGACGAAGAAGAGGAAGAGAGGCUGUAUGGUGAUUGA